AUGAGGCCUCCGGUGGAAGUCUGCGUGUUUCUCGUCUCUCUCUUGGCUCCUGGAGUUUUGUACACCAUGAACAACAUCCCUGCGCUUCAGGAACCUCUUCCUAUCCUGGGAAUGGGAAUGGUCGUCCUGGGAUUUGUUCUCCUCCUCCUCCUCCUUGCUGUGCGAAACAAGACGAACGUGGACCCCUUAUUCUAUGUAUUUGCAGAGUUUUCCUUCACCUGCAUGGUGGGCCUGACUAAUGCCUUAGAGCAGGACGGCUUCGUCUCUGGUUUCAUGGGCUUCUAUAUUAAGAUGGGUGAGCCUCAUCUGAGUACCGCCUAUGCCGUGAUGAUGUCUUACUGGGAAGGCGUCGUUCACUUCAUCCUCUUUCUCACUAUCAUCCACCGCAUGUUCGGAGGGAAGUGCUAUCGUAGCCUGGCGCUGCUGUGGGCGGGCUCCUCAAUCGCCCAUCAGAUAGUCCUCAUCCCAGGGGUGGUCAUUGGUAAAUAUGGGUCUAACAUUCGGCCAGCCUUUUGGAGGAACAUCCCCUUCUUUCUGUUGCCGUUCUGGGCGGCCAGCCUGCUCUUCAGCAGACCCAGACAGAUGCCAAUCAUCACAGCAGACAAGAUUUCAGUGGAGCAGAAGAAGAGUCUGCUGGCUCGCCCUGUUGACCUGCUUCUGUCACUCCUGCUGCUCGCAGCGAUGGCCUUCUCCGUGUUCAGAGGCUUUGUGGUGCUGGACUGUCCUCUGGACACCUGUUUCACCUACAUCUACCAGUACGAGCCCUACCUCAAAGACCCGGUUGGCUUUCCCAGGGUUAUGAUACUGGUGUAUUUGUUCUAUGCUCUGCCCCUGCUGACUCUCUUCAUCUAUGGUCUGAAAACACCUGGAUGCAGCUGGAUGUUGGACUGGACCAUCUUCUUUGCAGGGGCCGUGGCUCAGACUCAGUGGUGCCAUAUCGGAGCAUCUCUGCACUCCCGCACUCCCUUCACGUACCGAGUCCCAGCAGACAAGUGGUGGCCUGUUAUCAGCCUCAAUGUGCUGCUCGCCGCUGCGCCGAUUCUGCUGGCCCUGCGCUGCCACGCCAACCCUGCUUAUUUUAUGAAACCUGUUCCCAAGGGACAGACCAACAACAAGAAAAAGAAAAACUAG